AUGUCUCGCUAUGGAAAGCACCCACGCCUCAGCCUGGAGCAAAGUGUAAGCUUCCAGAUCCCAGAUGAACCAGAUGAGUUCCCACUGGUUCCCACAGCUGAGAAAGAGGAGAGACAGGAAGAAGAGGAGGUAAAAGAAGAAGAGAAAGAAGAUAACAAUAUGCAGAAAAAUGAGGAAGAUAACAAUGAGAAGGAAGAAGAGGAAGUAAAAGGGAAUGAAGAUGAAAAGGAAGAGUGUGGUGAUGAAGUGGAUGAGGAAGAAAAUGAGAAGGGAGAGGAAGAAUCAGACAUAGCUUCCAUGUUUUUCUCAUCUUCUAAUGUGUCUUUACCAAGUUUCACUCCUCCUUCUCCUUCCUCCUCCUCCUCCUCCUCCUCCUCCUCGUCAAUCUUUUCUCUGUUUCAGAGCAAUCUGGAGGGAAAUGCGGGAUAUGCUCCUAGGAUACUGAGCAUUUUUCAGAAUGCUCAAAGCUUCUUCCCCUCAUCUAUUUUAGGGGGGGAUUUAGAUGAAACAAGCAGCAAUGACGAAGAGAGUUCAGGUGCCAGUCAGUCUUCUGAAGAUCCUGAAGCCCUGCUGGAUGUUGUGAUACAAGAAAAGGCUACUGAUCUGGUGUUUCUUUUCAUUUACAAGUAUAGAAUGAAGGAACCCAUCACAUUAUCAGAAAUUCAUGAGGUUGUCACCAAAGAUUAUGAGAACCAUUUUCCUGUCAUCUUCAUGGAAGCUUCUAAGUGCUUGGAGAUGACCUUUGGCAUUGAUAUAAAACAAAGUGAUCUUCUAAGCAGUGCUUAUGUCUUUGUCAACUCUCUGAACCUCACCUAUGAGGACACACUGAGUGACAAUGAUAGAUUGCCUAGAAAUGCUUUCCUGAUAGUCAUUCUGGGUGUAAUAUUCAUAGAAGGGAACUGUGCUUCUGAAGAAAGAAUCUGGGAAUUCUUGAAGCUGGUAGGAGUGCAUGAUGGGGAGGAGCAUUUCAUUUGUGGGGAUCCCAGGGAGUUCCUCACUAUAAAUUUAGUGCAGGAAAAUUACCUAGAGUAUCGGCAGGUGCCUAAUAGCCAGCCUCUGUGCUUCGAGUUCUUGUGGGGUCCAAGAGCCUAUGCUGAAACUACCAAGAUGAAAGUUUUGGAGUUCUUGGCAAAGAUGAAUGGGUGUGACCCAACUGAUUUUUCAGUCUGGUAUGAAGAGGCUUUGAGAGAUGAGGAAGAGAGGGCCUGGGCCACAAGGGACUCCGAAGAUGGAAGCCCAACAAUGUGGCUUGCAGAGCGCUGA